AAACCAAUCUUAUUGGUUAUUUAUAAAAGCAACAGCAUUUGUAUAUGUCAAGAUGACAGAGUAAAUUAUAGAAAUCAAAAACGAACAAAAUAAAAUAUUUUUUGAAACAAAAUGGAUCAGUUCGUAUCAUUUUUUUUAGUUUUUAGCGUAUGCAUUGUUUGUCUGGAACGUAGUGUAAAUGGCAGUUUAAUCGCCUCUUCUCAAACAAGUUUUUUACAAAAUACAGCAACUACUGCUGCCACAUCUUCAUACUAUACAAUUAGCUACGUAACAAACUCUGCAACUUCAUCAUCUACUUCAUUAACAUUGCCUACAGCGUCUUCAUCAUCAUCUAUUUCAUCAUCAUCGUCUAUGUUUUCUUCUUCAUCAUCUAUUUCAUCAUCAUCGUCUAUGUUGUCUCCAUCAACUGUUUUAUCAACAUCCCAUAUGUCUUCUUCAUCAUCAUCUAUUUCAUCAUCAUCGCUAUCAUCGUCAUCUUCUUCUAGGAGUUAUAGUUUAAUUAUGCUAUUGUCAUCUUCUUUUGCGAAAUAUAGUUCCUCUACUAUUGCAAAUCAAAUUGUCGAUUCAAAGAUAGUGACGUCAGAUAUUAGUGUAAAAGCAACAGUGAGCACAAACCCAAUUUUUAGUUCGAUAUAUCCAACUAAUAUUACAGUUACCACUCCAAGAAUACCACCGCAAAGAGUAGAGACACGAACUCUUGUGAUACUAAUUGUAGUAGCUGUUUUUUCUGUUUUUCUUUGUUACUUGGCUGCUUUUGGAAUUCAUGGUCAAAAACGUUCGUUUAAUUUAGAAACAAACAAAAAAAAAAACCAUAAUGAAUUUGAUCGCUUGACUAGUGUUGGAGUUCCAAGUCAUUAUGGCAUUAAUGUAACAGACAAUCCUAUAAAAAUAACAGAAAAAGUUAAAAGAAAAGAUGAAACAGAUUAUAAAGAUAGUGGUUCUGCAUUUGAUAAUAUUGCUUUGGAUAAAAAAGAUGGAUUAUAGGUUGACUUAAUCAAGUUUUUAGUACACUGUAAAAAACAUUUUCUGUUACAAAUCAAAUUUUAUUGAAA